AUGGCAUCACAUUCACUCCCAGUUCUUGUCAUCAUUGGCGGCGGCGGCAUCGGUCUUGCCACAGCCCACCGCCUGGGCCCCGGACGACGAGUUCUGCUCGCAAGCCGCUCCCCCUCUACCCUCGAUGCAGGGGCGGAAUCCCUCAAAAAGGAGGGCAUUGAGGUUACCACGCAACAGGUCGACGUCUCUUCCUAUGACUCCGUGGCAGCCGUCGCAAAGGCGGCCAUGAUUCUGACAGUGGACAUCCGGGGCACCGCGAAUGUCAUUGAUGCGUUUGGCAAAGAAGUCGUCAUGCCUGCGGGUUCUUCGCUUGUUUGUACCGGGAGUAUAGCGCAAGGCUUAUGCCCACCCAUGUCCCCAGAGCUGGAGACGCACCUCGCUACGGCACGGCUCUCGUCCCUCUUGUCGCCGAAUGAGGAGCUUGAUCAUAUCAUUAGUGGGAAGAGCAGAUAUGCCGGCAGAGGUGUAAGGGUUAAUUGUGUUAGUCCCGGGAUGACGGAGACGAACAUGCUGACGGCGGAAAAGUCGGUGGAUAUGGUGGGUGAUAUGAUUACUGCUGCGCUAAAGGUUCAUCCUCUUAAAAGGGCGUCUACGGCGGAUGAGAUUGCUCAGGCGAUUGAGUUUGUUGUGAAAUGCGGCUACGUCAACGGAGUUGACAUUCUGGUUGAUGGGGGAAUCAGCGCGAUCGAGUUAUGGAGUAGCAUAGUCUAUCCUGAGAAGGCAGCGAAUCUGAGGAAGUCCAUUGAGGAAUAG